CACUCCCCUUUUCUCUUACUCUCCCACCUUCCUCAUCAUGCUAAGCCAAAUGGUAGUGUAAGAAAAGUAGGAGGCGACCAAAAGGAGGGGGAGACAUGGCAGAGGCGGUGGAGGCUGCGGCGGUGGACGUCUGCGGGGAUGAGGAGAAAAGCGAGGAGAGAAGCACCAGGAGCUGCCGAUCUGCGACGCACAAGAGGAGAUUGGACGAACUGGAUCUUAACGAGGGUGUGGGGAGCGACGGAGGCAGCGGCGAUGAUGAUGAUGAUGAUGAUGGAGGUAGCGUUACGGAGGUGGCAGGAGGAGCGAGCUCCAGCAACAACAGCAGCAGCAGCAACAACGACAGUGGAAGCAACUGCGAUACCAAGAGCGGCAGCCCAGCCGAGGGGGUCGAUCAGAUUAGGAUGCCGACGGUGAGGCAGUACAAUCGUUCCAAGCUGCCGAGGCUGCGGUGGACUCCGGAUCUCCACAUCUCCUUUGUCCAUGCGGUGGACAGGCUCGGUGGACCAGACAGAGCGACACCAAAGUUGGUUCUUCAGGUGAUGAAUGUGAGGGGGCUCAAUAUAGCGCAUGUAAAGAGUCACUUGCAGAUGUAUCGAAGCAAGAAGCUAGACAAUGCUUGGCAAGACAAGUCGCCCUUCUUUUCAGCUGUAUCUCCCAUGGAUGCGUACUUGAGAAGAGGCCUACAUGAGAUGUCUUAUCAGAGAACUGCUGCUUCUUCAUAUCAGUCCUCCGGCAUGGAAAAUAGUGGCUAUUUUCAAUGGAGUCCUCAGGAGACCGAUCGCUUUUACAGCCUUAUGCAGAGGCUAAAGCCAUUCGAUCUUAAAACUGGCAACUAUGGCAGAUCUCAAGAUCAAGGAUUGUUCUUCGGGGAGGACGGGAAGCCAUCUUCAUCCCAGUUGUUUGAUGCAAGGAAUCCCAGAUCUCGGCACCAUUACCUCCAGGGAAUAAUGGAGGGGAGUAGAAGUGGAAAGUUUGAUGGGAUCGGUAGCAGUAGUCUGAGACCAUUCUCCACCAGUACUGCUCCUGUGCCUGGAUGGAAGAACAGCAGCAACAGCUACUCCCUCAAGGAUAACAUGUCUAGUUUGCAUGACCCAAUCAUCGUCGAUGAUCGACUCGAGGAGCCAGAAGAGAUGCGUGGAAAAGUAGAGCCCAAGGCCAUCGUUGACCUGCAGCUAAGCUUGGGAAGGAACCCGGUAGACGGUGGAGCAAACGGGAAGAUGAGCGGCGGGGCCGAGGAAGGCGUCAGUCUGCUUUCGCUCUCACUCACUCCGCCCACUGCCAUGCAGCAGGAAGAGGAAGGCAGCAGCACGCAGCUCCAGAUGAAGUCACUGGAGAGAGGAAGCAGCAAGAUGGCCUCUCUGGGCUGAGUACUUUGGAUCUGACCAUGUUCAUUAGGGCAUCGGAGUGAGAUCUUUCAAGUACUUGUCUCGAGCCUCGCAGUAUAUAUAAUAUGCACAGCGAUAGGUAACGUGGACGGAAUAAGUUUGAGCAAUAUCAACUUAGCUAUCAUGAUAAUGAAUUCGUCUCAAUCUUAUCAUGCAUUCUUGUUUCCUUAA